GCUUUAGCUUUUCUUUUCUCUAUACUCCGGUUUUCUCUCCCUGCAUAGGAAAAAAGAAAAUAAGUUAAUUACUGUUUUUUAAAACUGUUAGCUGCCAAGGUUUUUUUUUCUCACGAAACAAGAACCAUUCUUUCAAGUACAAUUGAACAUCGAGAUUCCAUCGUCCAGAACAGCGCCAAAAAAGAAAAGGAAAAUGACAUCUUCCUCUGUGACGCAGGAGCACCCCUCGCACGCCGCGUGGUAUAAGUUCGGUUUCAAGUCCUUCGCGGAGUUCAACACGUAUGUCACGUUCGUGUUUCUAGGCAUGUCCAUCAUGAUGGUGGCCAGUGCCGUCACUUCCGCUCCCGACUUCCUGACUAGGUACUACGUGUACGCCACGGGUAUCCCGAAUGCCGACGCAGAGACGCCCCUCUUCUGGAACAACGCCAACACCUUCUACAACGCCGGUACCUACGCAACACAGGUGCUCACGGAGUUCUUAUCCCUGACUCCGUUCAUGCGUCGCAUUCCUCUGUCGGUCCGUCUGUUCGUCGGUCUGGGCAUCCCGUUCGUGGAGCUGCUCGUCAUCAUCAUCGUCCCCACCGCCACCAUCUCGACACAGCACGGCGCCAUUGCCGUGAUCAUGGUCGUGGCCACCGUCGGCGGCUUCUCCAAGGCGCUGUGCGACUCCUGCACGAACGCGCUCGUGGGUCCCUUCCCGACCAAGUUCAUGAACGGCGCGCAGUGGGGCCUGACCGUAAUCGCACUGCUUAUGUCAAUCAUUCAGAUCAUUCUGAAGGCCUCGAUGGGCACCUCGUUCCACGACAUUAUGACCAUGUCCCGCAUCUACUUCGGCAUCUGCAUCGGCAUUCAGAUCGUCACCAUUUUCGAGCUCGUGAUUCUCCGCUUUAACCCGUUCGCGCAGAAGUACAUCGCCGAGUACCGCGCUCGUACUCAGAAGGAGGACAGCACCGAAGGCGUGAUGGGGGAGACUCUGCCGAGCGUCAACGAGCCGGCGAUCGGCGAUCUCGCCGAGGUGCCAUGCACGACCGCCGACAAGGAGCGUGCUCUCAACGAGGACGAGCACGACGAGGUGCGCGCGGUUGCCAAUGAGGAGUUCCACGUGAAGCAAGCCGCCGUGCUCCGGGCCAAGGGCGAUGCGGAUAAGAUGGUGGAUCUCGACCAGACUGGCAACAUCACCUCCACGGAGCAAAUGCUGCGUGCGUCGGCCCUGUCGGUGUUCAAGCGCGUCUACCCGAUGUUGCUGUGCGUCUUCCUGGUUUACUUCACCUCCCUGCUCAUCUUCCCCGGCGUGUUCUUCCUCGUGAAGACCAACGACGGCUGGUACAUGACGUUGAUCAUCACCCUCUUCAACCUCGGCGACUUUGUCUCCCGCAUGCUCCUCAUGUUCCGCCCGCUGCGCCCGUCCCCGACGAUGGUCAUUGGCGGCACCCUCGGCCGCCUCAUCAUCAUCCCGUUCCUCGUCCUGUGCGUGCGCGGCAUCAUCAGCGGUGUGGCACUGCCGUACGUGCUGAUGACGCUGGUGGGCCUGACCAACGGCUACUUCGGCUGCAUGGCCUGCAUCCACUGCCCUCGCACAACGACGCUGCGCUACGCCGGUGAGCGCUCGCUCGCUGCCAUGCUGUCGGGUAUUGCGAUCAUGCUCGGUCUGUGCUUCGGCUCCAAUCUCUCUCUUGCCAUCACUCUCACCCACUAA